AUGAAGGCUGCGAGAUACUACGGCGUCAAAGAUGUGCGGAUUGAGGAGAUUGCUAUUCCAAAGCGCCCGGCCAACUGUGUACUAUUACGGGUUGUGUGGUGCGGUAUAUGUGGAACUGAUUUGACAAAUUACAACACUGGUCCAAUGGGUACACCAGCUCCAGGAGAACGCCAUUGUGCGACUGGGGAUACUCUCCCAGUGACGCUAGGUCAUGAGCUCUGUGGUCGUAUAGUCGAAGUACCUGAAAACUGCUCCCUAAAAGUUGGACAAGCUGUUAUGGUUGAUCCUCGCCUCUACUGUUCUGCCUGCUCUCUGUGUAAACAAGGAGAUACAAACCUUUGCGACAAAUUGGGUUUCGUCGGCUUAUGUGGAGGCGGUGGGGGUGGUUUCUCGGAAUUCGUCGCUGUCGAUCCUAGACGAUGCUACUCAAUUGCCGACUCAAGCCUAGAAACAGCAUGUCUAAUUGAGCCUCUAGCAGUUGCGAGACAUGCCCUAAAAGUAUCCACAUUUACCGACUUUCGAGAGAAGACGGUGCUAAUCCUUGGCGCCGGACCCAUCGGACUUGCAAUUAUUCACAAUCUCAAAGCCGUCGGAAAGGGUCGUAUCUUUGUAUCAGAGCCUUCUUCGUUAAGACUGGAGUACGCUAAAGAGAUCAUUGACGCUGGAAUCAACCCUAACGAAGCGAGUCUCUUCGACUCUAUUAGCCAGUUGACCAGUGGUAUUGGUGUGGAUAUUGUGUUUGACUGCGCAGGAUACAUUCCUGCUAUGGCCUCGGCGAUGUCGUCUUUGCGCAAGAAGGGAAAAUACGUCCUAGUAGCAAGUCCGUCACAGCAGAUUGCUUUACCAAUGGCAGAAUGGUAUUCUAGGGAGAUUUCAGUCGUCGCCUCAGUCGCUUAUAAUGAUGUUGAUUUUGAAGAAGUUGUGAAUGAUUUCAACGAAGGCAAGUUUAAGGGGGUGGAGAAGAUGGUCAGCAGUCGUAUUCAACUAGAUCAGUUCGUCCGGGAAGGACUCGAAGCUCUUAUCGCAAAUAGAGAAACCUUGUUGAAAGUUCUUGUAGAACCUAAAUAG